AACUAUUUUUCGGUUUUUCCAUUAAAUGAGGAAAUAAACCUUAAAAUGAAAAAGUGAGAAAAAAUAAGGGAAGAAAAAGGUUUCAGGCUCUCUGAAUUUAGCGACAAGAUCCACUUCCCUCUCUCUUUUCAUCGUCGUCUUCCAUAUCCCUGCUCCUAACUCGCCACUCGGACUCGACGCCGCUGCUGCCGCCUCUUCUUGCUUCGUUCACGAUAUCUGGCUCUUCAGCGCUCUUGUUGCUUUCUUUGACGAGCCUAACAGAAAUAUGGGCGAAGGAGAGACACUAGAACAAAGAAGAUCCCUGGCAGCUCCUCUCAUCUUCUUCAUUAUCGUCGUCUUCCAAUUUGCCACCAAAUGGCUCCAAGAUUUAAAGAAGGGAGCAUCCAAGACUGACAAGGAAAUCCAGCUUCGUGGAGAGAUUAAGCAGCUUUUGAAAGAGGCUGCCUCCUUGUCGCAGCCAUCUACAUUUGCACAAGCAGCUAAGCUUAGGAGGUCAGCUGCUGCCAAGGAGAAGGAACUGGCAAAUUAUCAGGCACAACACAGCAAGGAGGUGAAACUGUCUUAUGACUGGUAUCUGAAAGUUUUGUUCAUUUUAAAGGUCAUAAUUCAUCUUGUGCUAAUCUUCUGGUUUUGGAGGUCUCCUGUUGCUUCUGUAUCUCAGCAACUUGUGCAACCCUUUGGGAAGAUGUUAUCCUGGAAGACUGCGGGUUCUUUAAACAACAAUGUCAUGGUUGGGAUCAUACCCUGGUUGAUUUUGUGUACCAGGGUUAGCAAGUUUGUUUGCCGAAUCAUCAAGUAGAACAAAGGGCUUAUAAGGAAAUGCCUUUGGGUGCUCUCCGACUUUGGAUUCAUGAAUGCCUAAUCAGGAUGUACUUUUAAUUUUGAAGUUGUGAACUAACAUCUCUUGUAAAAUUCAUUCAUUUUAUUUAUCAAGAAUGAAAAGCGAGAAAUUUGAUGUGCU